CUUUCUGUACUGUAGCCCUCCUGGUGAUCUCCAUCGCACUUCGCAGCCUCGCUCUAAUUCUAAUUCUCUUCCUCUUCCUCUUCGUCUCAUAUUCACCGCCGAAGCAAACAAACCCUCAUCUCUACAUCCAUGACUCUCGUCACUCCUCCCCCAAUUGAUCAAGAGGACGAGAAUAUGCUUGUCCCGCAUUCCGAUUUGGUCGAGGGACCCCAACCCCUUGAAGUUGUAGCACAAGCAGAGACGGGUAGUACUACUGAGAAUCAGCAAGUGGAGGAUCCUCAGGCAUCAAGGUUCACAUGGAAAAUCGAGAACUUUUCUGGGUUGAAUACAAGGAAGCUAUACUCUGAUUUUUUUGUGGUUGGUGGUUAUAAAUGGCGGAUUCUGAUUUUUCCGAAGGGAAACAAUGUCGACCAUUUGUCUAUGUAUCUAGAUGUUGCAGAUUCUUCAAAUUUACCGUAUGGGUGGAUUAGAUAUGCACAGUUUAGCUUGGCUGUAGUUAAUCAAAUUCAUAAUAAGUAUUCAGUGAGAAAAGAAACACAACACCAGUUUAAUGCCCGCGAAAGUGAUUGGGGUUUCACAUCUUUUAUGCCUCUUAGUGAACUGUACGAUCCUGGCAGAGGCUAUCUUGCGAAUGAUACAUGUAUAAUUGAAGCCGAGGUUGCUGUUCGUAGGGUUGUUGAUUACUGGGCAUAUGACUCAAAGAAGGAGACUGGUUUUGUGGGCCUGAAAAACCAAGGAGCAACUUGUUACAUGAACUCUCUCCUCCAGACCCUAUAUCACAUACCUUACUUCAGGAAGGCCGUGUAUCACAUGCCCACAACUGAGAAUGAUUUACCAUCUGCAAGCAUUCCUUUGGCUCUGCAGAGUUUAUUUUAUAAGCUCCAGUAUAAUGAUAGUAGUGUUGCAACAAAAGAGCUUACUAAAUCCUUCGGGUGGGACACGUAUGAUUCUUUCAUGCAGCAUGAUGUGCAAGAACUUAAUAGGGUUCUCUGUGAAAAGCUUGAAGACAAAAUGAAGGGAACAGUUGUGGAGGGUACUAUACAACAGUUAUUUGAAGGGCACCAUAUGAAUUACAUAGAAUGUAUCAAUGUGGACUAUAAAUCUACUAGAAAGGAGUCAUUUUAUGAUCUUCAGCUUGAUGUCAAAGGUUGCUGUGAUGUUUAUGCAUCUUUUGACAAGUAUGUGGAGGUUGAGAGUCUUGAUGGUGAUAACAAGUAUCAAGCUGAACAAUAUGGUUUGCAGGAUGCUAGAAAGGGUGUAUUGUUCAAUGACUUCCCUCCUGUCCUUCAACUUCAGCUGAAGCGGUUUGAAUAUGAUUUUGUGCGUGACACUAUGGUGAAGAUUAAUGACCAUUAUGAGUUCCCUUCGCAACUUGAUCUUGAUCGAGAGAAUGGAAAAUACUUGUCACCCGAAGCCAAUAGGAGCAUUCGAAACCUCUACACACUUCACAGUGUUUUAGUCCACAGUGGUGGGGUGCAUGGUGGACAUUAUUAUGCCUUUAUAAGGCCAACUCUUUCUGAUCAGUGGUAUAAAUUUGAUGAUGAACGGGUGACAAAAGAAGAUAUCAAGAGGGCUUUAGAGGAGCAGUAUGGUGGUGAAGAAGAGUUACCUCAGACAAAACCUGGAUUAAAUAAUGCUCCCUUUAAAUUCACGAAGUACUCAAAUGCAUACAUGUUGGUGUAUAUACGCGAAAGUGACAAGGAGAAAAUAAUUUGUAAUGUGGAUGAGAAGGACAUUGCUGAACAUCUUAGGGAAAGGUUGAAGAGGGAGCAAGAAGAAAAAGAGAUCAAGAAAAAAGAAAAAGCUGAGGCUCACCUGUAUACUAUAAUAAAGGUUGCACGUGAUGAAGACAUUGUAGAGCAGAUUGGAAGGGAUAUAUAUUUUGAUCUUGUUGACCAUGACAAAGUUAGGAGCUUUCGUAUUCAGAAGCAGAUGCCUUUUAACAUUUUCAAGGAGGAGGUUGCUAAAGAGUUUGGUAUACCUGUGCAAUUUCAGCGUUUUUGGCUGUGGGCAAAGCGCCAAAACCAUACAUACCGACCUAACCGACCUUUGACACGUCUAGAGGAAACACAAACUGUUGGUCAGUUGAGGGAGAUGUGCAAUAAGGUUCACAAUGCAGAACUAAAGUUGUUCUUGGAAGUGGAGCUUGGACUGGAUUUACAGCCUAUUCCUCCUCCUAACAAGACAAAAGAUGAUGUUUUGCUUUUUUUCAAGCUUUAUGAUUAUGAUAAAGAAGAGCUACGUUAUGUUGGAAGACUGUUUGUGAAGGCUAUGGCUAAGCCAACAGAAAUCCUACUGAAACUAAAUGAAAUGGCUGGCUACGCUCCUGAUGAAGAGGUUGAUCUUUAUGAGGAGAUAAAGUUUGAGCCCACUGUGAUGUGUGAACCCAUUGACAAGAAAUUUGCAUUUCGAUCUAGCCAGCUUGAAGAUGGGGAUAUAGUUUGUUUUCAAAAAUCUCUUCCAGUUGAGACUGGUCAUCAGGUCCGCUAUCCAGAUGUCCCUUCAUUUUUGGAAUAUGUGCACAAUCGGCAGGUUGUUCACUUUCGAGCCCUGGAAAAGCCCAAGGAGGAUGAUUUUUGUCUAGAAUUGUCAAAACUUCAUACAUAUGACGAUGUUGUGGAACGAGUAGCUCGCCAACUUGACUUGGAUGAUCCAUCUAAAAUCAGGCUUACACCUCAUAACUGUUACUCUCAGCAACCCAAACCCCAGCCAAUUAAGUACCGGGGGGUAGACCAUUUGUCAGACAUGCUUGUCCACUACAAUCAGACUUCUGAUAUAUUGUACUAUGAAGUAUUGGAUUUACCUCUGCCAGAAUUGCAAGGUCUGAAAACGCUUAAAGUUGCUUUUCACAAUGCUUCAAAAGAUGAAGUGUCCAUUCACACUAUUAGACUGCCAAAACAAAGCACUGUGGGUGAUGUUAUUAAUGAACUUAGGGCAAAGGUUGAGUUGUCUCGUCCAAAUGCAGAACUCAGAUUGCUUGAAGUUUUCUACCACAAGAUUUAUAAGAUUUUUCCUGCCAAUGAAAAGAUUGAGAACAUAAAUGAUCAGUAUUGGACAUUACGUGCAGAAGAGAUUCCAGAAGAAGAGACAAAUCUUGGUCCUCUUCAUCGCCUGAUUCAUGUAUACCACUUCACAAGAGAGAUGGCUCAGAAUCAGAUGUGGAAAUUUGCUUUUCUUUCACUAGGUCGACCAGAGUAUCUUGAUGACUCUGACAUAGUCUCCAGUCGGUUUCAGAGAAGAGAUGUUUAUGGUGCGUGGGAGCAGUAUCUGGGAUUGGAGCACUCUGACAAUUCUCCUAAAAGGGCUUACAUCGCUAAUCAGAAUCGUCAUGCAUAUGAGAAGCCAGUGAAAAUCUAUAACUAGGGUGAAGGUAAUGGAGUUCUGCAUUGCAUUUGCUGAACAUGGCAAUUACCAAAGCCAUUUGUUGGCGUACAAAUUGGGAAAGUAGCGAACAAAAAAAAAUGUUUAUGGAAACCACCAACGGAAGCUACUGUUUAUAUGGAGUGUGCAGGAUGUGGUUAUCAACUUUGUUAGGUAUGUAAUUCUUCUGAUGUGGAUUGGGGGAUGAUGAGUUUUUCACAAAUGUACCGUGUAUCUUGUACAGUACAACCCCUCUUAGCUUUGCAACUUCUGUUUGUUCAUCAGAGUUCUUCCUUCUGUGGGUGAUUGGUUCUUCAGUUUAGUUGUAUUCGAGCAGUACAUAAAACAAGAUUUUGGAGUAGGGAAUGUAUACAGGGGGUAUAGUUGUGGUGUGUGCCUUUUUUCCCUCGUUCAUAUGUUUGGGAAACGGGGUUGAUGGUUUUUACAACUCUUUCUGGGUAUAUUAUUUUGGGAUUUUGUAUAUGUUAAACUUGGUCAGGCACUGCAUUUCUGGUUUGGAUUAUGAUUCUAAUUCAUAUA